AUGAAGUCGCUUGCAUUGCAGCUUCUCUUUGCUAUAGCAGCACUGUGUAGGGACCCUUGCGGACUCGCACGUCGCGACACCAUAGUCAUACUCACGGUCGUCACUGUGAUUGUGCAGCCAGUGUACUACAGCGAACUGAUCCCUUCUAAUACCGUCAUUGACCCGUUCCGCAACGGGCAUUUUGUCACAGUCACAAAUGCACCCACAAACGUCAUCAUACUCUCCGCCCUCUACACGACUAUCACAAGCCAGAAGUUCUACAACAACCACGUCAACAUCAGCUUUUGUGACGGCAACCUCAGCCUCUUCUUCUUUUUCUUCUUCUCCCACUUUUCCAGGAUCACCCUCAACGACUGCAGCCGCUCUCACUACCACAUCGAGUGGUCCGUCUUCCGCAACACAAUCGUCGAUAUCAAGUACGACCGUUGUGAGCUCUUCUCCUAUAUCAUCGACAAUUCCUUCUUCAACUGUUCAAUCCACUACCUCCACCAGCUCGCCCACCUCUACGAGCACAAGCAAUCCUGUCGCUUCCACUGCAACCGCGUCCACUACCACGUCGAGUAG